UUUUUUUUUUUUGACAUUAUUUGAAUUAUACCCAUGUUCAAUUUCACUUCACCUAAUACUACUGGUAAAUUCUCAGGCGAUCAUUACUUAUCUAUAGUCCACAAAGUCAAGGCUGCCACGACCAGAAUGAAAAGGGUAGCUCCUUUAACGCGUAGAACCACGAUCCUAUUUUUCAUGUUGUUUCUGGUGGUGGAAUCAGCUGAUGAGAUCAAUGAAUUUUAUCCAAAUGAAAGAGAUUCCUUGUUGCAGCUUAGAGAUAGUGUAAAUUCAAGUGUUUUCAGUUUGCAUUCACAUUGGACAGGUCCUCCUUGUUACAACAACCAGAGCAGAUGGGCUGGAAUUGCUUGUUCUAAUGGGCAUGUCAUUAAACUUGUUUUAGAAGGAAUUCAGCUAACUGGUUCUCUUCCAUCAACAUUCUUGAAUCACAUAACCUAUUUGACAAAAAUCAGCUUUAGAAACAAUUCAUUGUAUGGUCCUGUUCCCAACCUCAUAGGACUAAUCUACCUACAAUUUGUGUUUCUUUCGGAUAACCAGUUUUCGGGUUCGAUUCCAUUCGGGUACAUCGAGUUAGAGAGACUAACAGAAUUAGAGCUGCAGAGGAAUGAUCUUGAAGGUUCAAUUCCACCAUUUGAUCAGCAAACUUUGAUUGCUUUCAAUGUGUCUUCGAAUAAACUCGAAGGACCUAUUCCUGAAACUUCUGUUAUGAAAAGAUUUUCGAAGAGUUCUUAUGUGAAUAACUCGAAUUUGUGUGGUGGGGUCAUAGGAAUACCUUGUUCAAUACCACCUGCAAAUCCACCAAAAGCACCCGGUGAAAAGAAAAAGAAUGGGCUUAAAGUAUGGAGUAUUGUUUUGAUAGCAGCAGCAGCACUUGUUCUUCUUUCAAUCAUGUCCAUUUUACUAUGUUACCUCAGAAGAUCUAACAGAAAAGAAACACAAGGAGAAGACAAGCAAGGUAAUAUUUCAACAGAGAAUGUAAAAAAGAGAAGUUAUUGGUCAGAGAGCACAGAAGAUCCAGAAAGAGCAAUGGACUUAGUAUUCUUUGACAAGGAUAUGCCAAUCUUUGACAUGGAUGACUUGCUAAGGGCAUCAGCUGAAGUGUUGGGAAAAGGAAAGCUAAGCACAACAUAUAGAGCAAUCCUGGAAUCUGGUGCUGUUGUUGCUGUUAAGAGACUCAAAGAAAUGAAUUCUUUGAGCAAGAAGGAAUUCACCCACCAGAUGCAGUUGCUUGGAAAGCUGAAGCAUGAAAACCUAGCGGAGAUGAUUUCCUUCUACUAUUCCAAGGAGGAGAAGAUCAUUGUCUAUGAAUAUGCUCCCCAGGGAGACUUGUUCGAGCUUUUACAUGAAAACAGAGGAAUUGGGAGACUACCAGUAAACUGGAAGGCAAGAAUAUCCAUCAUUAAGGAUGUGGCAAAGGGUCUGAAUUUCCUACACCAGUCCUUACCAUCACAUAAAGUACCUCAUGGAAACAUCAGAUCAAAAAAUGUUCUGAUCCAUCCAGACCCCCAUAACCAGAACUACCAUUCCAAGUUGACAGAUUAUGGAUUCUUGCCUUUGCUACCAUCUAAAGAAUCCUCAAGCAAAUUAGCAGUUGGAAAAUCUCCAGAGUUCUGUCAAGGGAAAAAACUAACAAGAAAAGCUGAUAUCUAUUGCUUUGGCAUUCUCUUGUUGGAAGUGAUCACUGGAAAAGUACCAGGUGAAUUAUUCUCACCAGCAAAUGGGACCAAUAUUAUUGAUGAUGGUCUCUCAGAAUGGGUUAGGACAGUGGUGAAUCAUGAUUGGUCAACCGAUAUUUUGGAUAUGGAAAUACUUGCACAAAAGGAAGGGUAUAAUGAAAUGUUGAAGCUUACUGAAUUGGCUUUGCAGUGUACAGAUGAGGCACCAGAGAAGAGGCCUAAGAUGAGUGAAGUGUUUAGGAGAAUAGAAGAGAUUGAGGUUGAACAAAAGAGAUUAGUCAAUGAUGUGGAAGAUGAUUAAGUUUCUUAGUUCAAGUUUCUCUCUACAACUGUAAUCGAGAAAGUUAGAAAUUUAGGAAGCGGCUUUUAGCUCAAGAGCGGAGUUAACUUAGUUUUAUGAUAUCUUUCUCAUUUCACAAGGUAAUUCUUUUGUAGAUAUUGAUAUUUUUCCAAUACUAUUCAUCUCUUACUUGAUCAAAACACCUUUUUGA